ACUUCCAUUUAGUAUAUGCAAGAGCUUUGUUGCACUGAAUCGACAUAGUUAAGUGAAAUUUCACAAUUUAAAAAUAAAGUAAAGUGUAAAAUUUCAAACAAUUUUUUUUUUAAUAUAAAAGAUGAUUUGCACACAUUUAUUAUUAGCUGUUUGCCUUGGAUCUGUUUUUGCAAAUAAUCAAAGAAAAUCAAAAGUUUUAAAUAACACUUUUCAAGUAACAACUAUUGAACCUCCUCUUGGUUGUGUUUGUGGAAUUUUCCUAAGUGGUCAAUUUAAGAAAAGUUGUAAAGAUGAACCUAACGGUAAUCCUGCUCUGACCCAUGAUCAGCCUGAAAUAUUUCCAUGUACUCCAGGAGGAAAUAGGCAUUGCAUAAGUAAAUGUUUAGACACUAUUGUAAAGUACCUUCCAAACAGUCCUACAAUAUUGUGUAGUUCAUUAGACCGUAACUGUCAUAAAGAGAAAGCUUAUUUAUUUAUUAAAAACUGUAAACACAAGUGGAUUAAUACAAAUUUGUCUGCUGGAAGAGAGUAUUGCUGUAAAAAUGGAGUACCAUACAAAUGUCCAAUAUACUAAAAUAUUUAUAACACAUUUUGUAACAUCUUUAUCUUUAUAUAUUAAUGAACAUAAAACUACAUUUA